AUGGACAGUCAAUACCUACAAGCGAUCUUCGUACCUCGCAUCAUCAUCUUCGGAGCUAAGGGCACUAGGGACACUAGGUCAGACAAGGCCAAUGCCCUGCAGAACCGGAUCACGAGUGUGCUAUCCGCCUCGUACGCCGACCUCGAGAUCCGCGACGCCUUGGCUGUGCUGGACGAGCGACAUCUGCAAGUCACCGCAGACGCGCGCCGCAAUCUGCGCCUAGACGUGCAGGACGAGCUCAUCCGGUGCAAUGGCGACAUUGUACAUGACUUUGGUAAAGUCGCCGACCAGCUCAACAAGAUCGGCAAUGCCAUCUCGAAUCUCCAGGCGAGCUGUGUGGAAAUGCGCAAGUAUGUCGAUGCUUCGAGCCGCGAGACCGGUCCGAUGUUGGAUGAAGCAAAGUCCAUGUUGGCAGAGAAACGACGAGUGGAGACGAGGCAGCAGCUCCUCGAUGCCUUGAAGGCGCAUUUUGUGGUCUCGGACGAGGACCUGGCUACUCUGACAUCGACUGCAGAGCCCGUAAAUGAUGACUUCUUCCGAAUCAUGACCAGAGUCAAAAAGAUCCACGAGGACUCUCAGCUGCUGCUGGGCUCGGAAAAUCAGCGUCUCGGCCUCGAGAUCCUGGAGCAGAGUUCCCGACAGCUCAAUGCAGCCUUUCAGAAGCUGUACAGAUGGAUUCAGCGCGAGUUCAAGGCGUUGGAUCUGGAAAACCCGCAGAUCAGUGGCGCCAUCCGACGAGCUUUACGCGUGCUGGCGGAAAGGCCAACUCUGUUUCAGAACUGCUUGGACUUCUUUGCAGAAGCGAGGGAGAAUAUCCUUUCCAACAACUUCUAUUCCGCUCUGACCGGUGCACCUGUAGAUGCUGAUCAUCCUGUGCUGGGCAAGGCGAUUGAGCUGUCAGCUCACGAUCCUCUGCGCUAUGUGAGUGACAUGCUGGCAUGGGCACAUUCGGCGACCGUGUCAGAGCGGGAAGCUUUGGAGGUCUUAUUCAUCUCAGAGGGCGAUGAGAUUGCCAAGAGCAUUCAAGCUGGCAUCGAGAGCGAACCAUGGUCACGGUCUGAUGAUGAAGGCACCGUCCAACCAUUCAACGGCCGCAAAGCACUGAAUGAUCUGGUCGACAGAGAUCUCGCUGGUGUCUUCAGACAGCUUCGGCAGCGCUCCGAGCAGGUCGUGCAAAGCCACGAGGAUGCAACGCUCGCCUACAAAAUCUCGAAUCUAGUCACCUUUUACGCGAGUAUAUUCACGAAUCUGCUCGGUGAGGGCUCGGCAUUGUUGGAGAUUCUACAGCCCUUGUCAGAGAGUGCACUGCGGGCUUUCAGGUCCACAAUGCGGGAUCACGUCGCCAAUUUGCGAACCGACUUUUCCAUUUCCACAGACGACUUGGCCCCUCCAGACUUCUUGCUCGACGCGCUGGAGACAUUAAAGGUUCUCAUGAAGAGCUAUGAUACUUCUGCUGUGAAUAUUGACCGUACUCAACGCAUUGAAGGCUUCACGCCCAUUCUUCAGGAAGCUCUCGACCCGUUCUUGGCAGGAUGCGAAAACAUCACGACCCGGCUCAGGAAGCCUAACAGUCACAUCUUUGCACUGAACUGUUUGCUGUCCACGAGAGAAGUUCUGGUCGCAUACUCCUUCGCUGACCGGUCGGAGGAACUGCAGCCUAAGAUAGAAGGCCACGAGCGAGAUCUGACAGACGCUAUGCACAACUGGUUUCUGAAAGAGUCUGGUCUGGAAUAUCUUGUAGAAAACGUCUCAACUACGGAAGAUUUGUCCUCUUCAUACAAAGAUCCCGGCCAGAUCAUCAGGAUCGCACAGCAGCUGGACAGCUUUCUACCAACCGCGACGGAGGACGCUCGAGCGUUCCUUUCGAAGCUUGAGCAUCAGAAUUUGGCCAGGAGGAUUAUUGAAGAAGCUGCUGAGCAGUUUUGUGAAGAUUUCCUUGAGAUCGAGACGCUGAUUGUACAAGCUGAUGAGCUCAAGAUGAAGCAGGCCAACGGGGACAUGGACGCAGAGGUCUGGUUGAGAGAAGUCUUUCCGAGAACGGAGGAUGAGAUUCGUGUGCUCUUAAGCUAGAGGUACUGUGACUGCUUUGCGUCGAGGCGAUGGACUCUGUGGAGGAACAUGAAGACUGUCGCCCCUCGUAUGGCUUGACUCCAGCAUCGAGGUUUCACGUCCCAGGGCUCGAGCUCACUGAAGAAACGAUGGCAGAUGCUCCCGGGACCAUUAUUCGUCGCUCGUGCUUCUACGUUCAGUCAGUGCCACGUCGUUGAUCGUGCUGCUUCCAACGCAGCAUUUCAACAAUCUGGGAUGUCAACGUACCUACGUGGUUAAACUCUCUCGCGCGUGUGCUGCGCUGCCCUAGCACCUGCGUUGUCUAUACGGCGGGUUGGCGGGCCAGACUCGCAUAGGCAAUCUAUAAUAGCAACACGUCAGCAAGCAUGUCCAGAAGAUGCCGUGAAGAUCAUUGCCUGCUAUUCCGGUCGAGCCUAAUCAUCAGAUCCUCUGAUGCCUGCUUACCUGAGGAAUGCCAACCAGGAACCUUGAGAGUGGCUCGCUGACCAAGAUUUUUAUCUCCCUGGAUGUGGUCAAGGUGACAUGUCCUGUUUUCCUCUCUUCCGGGCUUUCGGACAGAGGACCCAAGGUAGGAAAUCCGAUGAAAAAUGGCGUUUCUCUGCUGCGCUGUACUGGAUCCGGGGCAAUAUAACCAGGUGGUGGGUUUAAGAAUACACAGUAGUGACAGUACUACUAUUCGUACCAUGAGUGAUUUGGUGUUGUCCUCCGACCUCCGGGAAGUGUGGCUAGCUGAUUGCGCUCGGGUGCCGUUCCCAGAAUAGCGCUUUUACGUCUAUCGAAACGUGUAAGCCAGGGCAUGGUUUCAUCCGCGCAAAGCCAUUGACAAGCAUGCUCCUCCCCGUCACCCAGACAGCCAUGGAACCUUCAAGCUGACCUCAUCUCUUCGAGUCUGGAAUUGCCUUUCUGAUUAAUGGAUACGACAACCAGCUUGGCAUGGCAUGGCAUGGCAAUGUUUGCUCCUGCAAACAGUGGACACAUGGCUGACACGUGCCGAAAAGAUGCACUACGUACAGCAGAUAUGUGUACGGGGCGGUAGUGGUGAAGAAGCGAUCUGGAUAGCACACUACGACUCCAUUGGUGCAUGUUCAACAUACGCUCGACUCGUCUCAAGUCUUCCAUCAUAACAAACCACGUCCCAUGCGAGUAGAACAUUCGCAACCUUUUUCAAUCCCAGCACGAUUGCCUGUCGAACCCAAGCCAAAUAUAUGUUAGACUUUUUUCAACAUCGACAGUUGCCCGCAUCCGGUUAAAUGGGAUAGACGAUUCUUUUGCCUGUCGAGGGCGGGCUUGUGGCCCUGUCAGUUGCCAUGGAGGGGUUCAAGAGGCAGUAUCAUGAAUAGGUACCUCAUAUAAAGAGAUU